AUGCCAUCUCCAGCCUCGCGCGUCGCCUCCGCCUCCUCAACACGUCCUCCCUCCGCCGGAGUAGGAGGCCCGAGCGGCAGCCCCAUUGUCUCGUCUCACUCGAGCGUUACCAUCAAUGCCAACGCCAACGGCAACGGAACAACAGCUUCCACACCAACCUCUGCACGCCGCAUCACCCAGCGCAUGACAAAUCGUUACAGCGUCAACGCCAUGUAUUCGCUCGCCGCCGAGCAGGACGUCGAGGUCGAGGACGAGUUGGCUCGCGCACAAAAGCGUCUGCGUGAUCUCAAGUCCCGCAUCAGCUCGCAAAGCAAGAAAAACUUUGUCCUCGAGCGUGACGUGCGAUAUCUUGAUUCGCGCAUUGGUCUGCUUAUUCAGAACCGCAUCGCUGCAGACGAGAAGCGACAGGUGCAGGAAACCCUCGAAGAGGUCGAGGAGACCCCGGGGUCCUUUCCCGACUCAAGAAAGCUCGCCCACUAUUCCAACUUUUUCUUCCUCCUCCAGAGCGAGCCACGGCACAUUGCCACGCUGUGCCGCCUCGUCUCGCUCAGCGAAAUUGACACACUCCUGCAGACAGUCAUGUUCACGCUCUACGGGAACCAAUACGAACAGCGAGAAGAACACUUGUUGUUGACAAUGUUCCAGAGCGUACUUGCUGCGCAGUUCGAGUCCACUGCCGAGUUUGGCGAGUUGCUACGUGCCAACACGCCCGUGUCACGCAUGAUGACCACGUACACGCGGCGAGGACCUGGUCAGAGCUACCUCAAGGAUGUCCUGGCAGAACGGAUCAACUCACUCAUUGAGCACCGACACUUGGACCUCGAGAUCAAUCCCUUAAAGGUCUACGAGUCUAUGGUGUCGUCGAUUGAACACGAGAACGGCGCCGUGCCACCAUCUUUGCCAAAGGCGAUCAACGCCGAGACGGCCGCCGCUAACGAGGAUGUCAUUUCGAUCAUUCAGCCCCGCCUCACCAUGCUCAUCGAGAUUGCCGACUCGUUCCUCCAGAUCAUCCUCAACUCUCUCGAUCAAGUGCCAUACGGAAUCCGCUGGAUCUGCAAGCAGAUUCGAUCACUCACACGCCGCAAAUACCCCGACGCCACGGACGCAUCGAUAUGCUCGCUCAUCGGCGGCUUCUUCUUCCUCCGCUUUGUUAAUCCCGCUAUCCUCAUGCCCCAGGCUUACAUGCUCGUGGACGGCGUGCCCGCCAAGCACCCACGGCGAACGCUCACACUCAUCGCCAAGAUGCUCCAGAAUCUCGCUAACAAGCCGAGCUAUGCCAAGGAGCAGUACAUGAUGUCGCUCAAUCCGUUCGUCGAGAACAACAAGAUGCGCAUGAACCAGUUCCUCAACAGUCUCUGCGAGGUCGGCGACUUUUACGAGAGCCUCGAGAUGGACCAGUACAUGGCCUUGUCAAAGCGCGACCUUCAGAUUUCAAUCACGAUCAACGAGCUCUACAACACCCACCAGCUGUUCCUCCAGCAUAUCGACGUCCUCUCCCCAAAUGACAGGCAACAUUUGCGCGUGUUGCUCGACGACUUGGGGCCAGCGCCACCCUCAGUGGGGCGAGCAGAGAACAACUCGCUCGACCUUCCGCUGUACUCACGGUGGGAGACUCCUAUCCAGGACCUCUCGUCCGCUCUCAUCAGCGACUCGGUCAACCAGAACGACAUCAACUUUAUGGAGACCAAGUCGAUUUUCGUGCACCUGUUGCGAUCGAUGCCGAACGAGUCGACGAAAAGACCGAUGGAUCUGAUCGCGCUCGCCGAGCGCGCCGCCACGUCCAAGGACGCGGUACAUGUUCGCCGGGGAAUCAAGGUGCAGAACCUGCUCAACGAGCUCGAGCUCGCUGGCGUCAUUGACCGCUCCGACGGCUACCGCAUCCUGCAGGACGAGGUCGCGAUGGAGAUGGUGCACCUUGGCAACGCGCGCGAGAAGGUUGUCAUGGAGACGCGCUCGCUUGAGAGCGUGUAUCGCACCAUUUGCGACCACAACACCUACCUCCGCGGUCAGAUUGAACAGUACAAGGCCUACCUUGUCAACUCGCGCAUGAUGAUGGCGCGGGACAAGGGCACGACAGGUGUAGGUGUACUCUCGGUGAACGGCAAGGAGAAGAAGCCCGCCAAGCUCGCCCUGGGCCCCUACCGCUUCACGCACGCCCAAUUUGAGAAGGAGGGCAUCAUCACCGAGAGCAACGUGCCCGAGAACCGCCGCGCCAACAUCUACUUCAACAUCAUCUCGCCAUCACCAGGCACGUUCAUCAUCGCACUGCACUUCAAAGGCCGCGAGAAGCCCAUCCUGGAGAUGGACCUCAAGAUCGACGACCUGCUGGAGAAGCAGCAGAAGGACGCUGAUGCGGCGCUCGACCUCGAAUACGUGCAGCUGCACGUGAGUAAGGUGCUUGCGCUCUUCAACAAGCUCUUCACGAAGCGGCGCUAG